UGAGAAGGCAGCCGAAAGCCGUCAAACCAAAGAAAAUAUCAAAGCUUGACGGCCAAGUUAUCGUGAAUGCAGCUUGCAAUAAUGGCACCACUGCGCUAGUCACAAAAGAUGGCGAGUUGAUAAUGUAUGGAAAGGAUACCACUCAUUGUGAUCCGUCUACAGGUGUAGUUACUGAUUUGAAAGACAUACACGUGAGUCAAGUUAGCCUUGGAAAGGCCCAUGCUGUGGUUGUUUCCAACAAAGGCCAUCUGUACACAUUUGGCAUAAACAACAAGGGUCAAUGUGGCCGUGACUUCACUACUCAAAUCAAAGAAGCUUCAGUGGUUGCCAUGGAAACGGGAGUGGCUGGUGACGAGGAAGGGGGUGGCGAGGGUGAAGAGGAGGCGGACUGGGAGGGAGGAGAGGGGGUGAUGUGUGCACCGGGCACUCACCGCUGGAAGCACGAGCUGUGCAUGGUGUGCACCGUGUGUCGCGAGUGUACCGGGUACAGCAUCAGUUGUCUCAGCAGCAUGCGAUCCGACAGGAAUCCCGGACAAGAAUGCGGGUGCGGCGAGGGGGACUCUGGAUGCGCGGAGUGUGGCUGCUGUCGCAUCUGUGGCCGCGAGAACGUGGACAACUCUGAGCUGGCCAUCCUCGGCCCAAGUGGCGCCGGUGACAUCGCCGGAAUGAUGCGGCUCGACCUCAUCUUUGGAGGGCGGCAGGGUGCGCGAAUCCAAGACCACCUGCAGAGACGCCUGGACGAGCGCAAACAACGCCAGAGGGGCAAACUAAUAGUCGGCGCCAAGGCAACCCCCUCCUCAUCCUCAUCAUCCAUGCACCAGACGCCCCACAAGUCCCAGCCCCACCCCCGCACCACUCCCUCUUUGCAGCCGUCUUCUUCUAACACAGAAGAUAUAGCAGGGGGCAGCGAUGUAGAGAGGGAAGCCACACGAGUCAGCUCUCUUCCUCCAGCCCGGGUCUACCUGCCAACUGAAAGUCCAGUUAUUCAAAUAGCUUCUGGAUUACAUCAUACAAUUGUGCUGACCCAGUCGGGCGAAGUGUUUGCAUUCGGGUCGAACAGCCACGGGCAGCUGGGAGUGGGGGAUGUGAUGGGGAGGGCGGGGCCAGUGCAGGUCAGACUGGCCAGUCCGGCCAUUCAGGUGGCAGCAGGCAGCAACCACUCGGUCGUCCUCUUUGCACGCGGCGAUGUGUGCACCUUCGGCAGUCAUCAGAAAAAUCAGUUGGGCAGGAACCAGUCAAAGGAGGCAGGGAUCUCCAAGGAAUGGUUCAGCUUCCCGGGGCCCAUCCCGCAGGUGGGACCCCGUCACGGCCGCCGUGCCACCUGGGUGGGGGCCUCGGCCGAUCAGACCUUCCUCAAGCUCGACGAGAGCCUCAUCAACUCCAUCAGUCUCAAGCACUCCACCCUCAUGGCCAACAAACACUGCAUUGUACUGCUACCUACUGAAUGCCUGGAGUCGAAAUCAUUCAAAUGCCUGGUGAUCAACAAGCGAGAUGGCAACUGCAACAGUUUCAGUGGUCCGUUGCAAGUGGACUUCACUCACGCCGCCACCUGCCUCGAUCCAUACUAUGAUGUUCUCUGGAGUUUUGUGGAGACGGAAGACGGGCUGGGAGGCGAGGUGGCCUGCUACAACGUGAUCUGCUCGGAGGUGAAGAGUGGUGGAGGGGACAUGCCACUGAUCCUGCGGCCUGAGCUGGCCGUGCCAAACAUGGCCGGAGUGCACGUGAGACGCGCGCAUGCCGCACGCCACAUGCUCGCCGCGCUCGACACGCUCGUGGCACGUGCCAUUGGCGCACACCACGUGCCACCCGCCAUGUGUCAGCUGGCCGCCGUGCCACUGGCCGUGCCACCUGCCAAGUCCGCCGCUUACUCCAGCGAUGACUUCAGCUCCGUCACCCGCUUCGAGAGUCAUGGAGGGGGCUGGGGAUACUCAGGACACUCGAUUGAGGCCAUCAGGUUUAUGGCCGAUACGGAUAUCAUGCUUGGCGGCUUUGGGCUGUUUGGAGGACGUGGUGAAUACACUGGCAAAAUAAAGCUGUUUGACAUUGGAAUAGAGGGUGGUGAGCAGGAGAGUGACGGAGAAAUGCUGGCCGAAACUGAUGAAGCGCCGUAUGAGUGUGGACCACGACAGAAGUAUCCGAUGCUCUUCGAGGAACCUGUUCUGUUGCAGGCAAACAAAUGGUAUGUUGCUUGGGCAAGAGUGAGUGGCCCAUCCAGCGAUUGUGGGUCAGGGGGGCAAGGCAUGGUCACCACAGAAGACCAAGUGGUGUUCUACUUCAAGUCGUCGAAGAAGUCGAACAACGGGACGGACGUGAACGCGGGCCAAAUCCCGCAGCUGUUGUACCGGGUGGUGGCGGCCGAGCAGGGGGGGCCGGGGUCAGGGGGUGCAGGGGUCCGAGGGGGCGCCGGGGGUGUCGAGCAGGUGCAUGCACUGUCACGUGACUUCUCGCGCCACGUGACCCGCCACUGCUUCCAGUCGCUGAUCGCUCUCUUGCAGUGGGCCUGGGCCGCUUAUCGGUCGGCGCUUGUUGAUAUCGGACAUCACAGCGUGGGCAUGAGCCAACAAAUGGCCCAGAUGGAGUUGGAAAGUCUGGUGUACAUUUGCAGAGCGUCACUGAGACUGGUUCGCACCUAUGUGAAUGAGGUCUACCCGGGCCAGGUGAAUGCAGUGCAGGCUAGGCUGAUUGAAACCAGCCAAUUGGCUGAGAGCAUUGGCGAUGUGCGCGCACUCCUCACACAAAUACUGCUCGAUCCUGUUCCGACUGUUCCUUUCAGACAUGCUAAGCAAAAGAAAACUCAAUCGGCUCAACUGGCAUUGUACACGAAGAUGACGAAGGAGAUACUUGAUGAGUGCCAUGAGACGUUUGUCGCCUCCUUCCAUGCCUUCUACCCGACUGCGUUCCUCAAAUGGACCUGUCUCUGCAAUCUGCUUGCAUCUAUGGACAAACAAGGUGAAAACGCAGGCAGCAGCGACCGGCUGGCUAGUGCGGUUGUGGCCGCACUGUGUAGCCGCUCCAUCCGGCUUCGGUCGACCUUCCCCAUCCUCACGACGCCGGCCUCCGACGAUCAGACGCCUCCCAAGGCAGACGCCUCCACCUCCAACGCACACGCACUGCCCAUCAUGCCAUGUCUUGACUCGCACUAUCCGCUGCUCGUCGAGCACAUGACUUAUCGCAGUCAGAGUGAAGCCGACUCGAGCAGCUCAGGCGCAGGCACAGUGGUGUGGCAGUUCCGUGAAGUGGUGGACCGCCUGCUGGAUGUGGUGAGCCUAUCAGUGCGACAGGCGCUCUGCUUGGAAAAGAGCUCGCAUUCCGCCCAGCUGGUGCACAACUGCUGUCAUCUCCUAGUCAGGGUCAUUGCUGAGUUGGCGGCACAGGCUAGUGGCAUCGAUGAGGAGCUGGAAGGUGGUUGUGGAGGCCGGGUGAUGCAGACGACGCCGUCGCGGUUCUCGCGUAAUAACGGCUGCCGCACUUGGAACACAGGCAACGGGUCGCCCGACGCCAUCUGCUUCAGCGUCGACCGGCCGGGCGUCGCCAUUGCGGGCGCCGCUGUCUACGGCGGUGCUGGAUCCUAUGACUAUGAGCUGGAGUUGCUCGAUGAUGCCAACACGCCAAACAACCCAGGAAACGAUCCGUCGCACGCACAGCGCUGGACCAGCCUCCAACUCACCAGAGGGGUAUUCGGAGUAGAAGACGGCCUCUCCGAUGAUAUAGUCGAGUUGAAAUUCGAUUAUCCUGUUUUUAUCAAGGAGAAUGUGAAGUACGCGAUUCGCCUGCGAAACCACGGCGGCCGGACGAGCAACGGGGACGGAGGCCUGAGCUCGGUGCGGGGCCCCGAUGGAGUCACCUUCAGCUUCUCCACCUGCUCGCUCAGCUUCAACGGCACCACACAGAACCGUGGCCAGAUACCCUACCUAGUCUACUACAGCAACCCAGUGGGUGAAGGCGGCGAAGGUGGCUGCCGCAACAAGGCGUUGCUGGAGGUGGGCUUCCGCAAGAUGGCGCUGCAGAUGGCGGCAGCUGUGAUGGGGCGCUGCGCCCGCCUGCUCGAGUUGGCGCGCCAGGUGGGCGCAGAGGGCGAGGCCUCCGCCACCGCGCACCUCCUUUCGUCUGCCACCCUCGUCACCACGCUACUCCCGCUCACCCUGGCGCACAUCUCGUCGCUCGCCACAUCCGAUCCAAAGAGUGGCGUGCAAGUGCUAGGCCUGAUCCAGGAUCUGCUGCCCCACGUUGCCGCCCUCAACCUGCUAAAUGGGGGCAGUGGAGGCGGCAACAUGGCCCGCUCCAGCAGCACAGUGGACAGCAACUGCCAGGACAUGAGUCGGCCGACCACGUCGCACUACUACGCCCAAGUCGAGAGCGACCAUCCCUACAAGCCUGCCUCCGUCUCCAAUUACAGAGUGGUUUUCCCGGAGAACGUGCGCUGGAUGGCAGUGGAGUUCGCACCGGAGUGCGGGACGGCGCAGGCUGAGGACUCGCUGCAGCUGUACAUCCCGGCAUCGGCCGCAUUCCCCGCAGCCGCAGCCGCAGACGACCAUCUGCCCUACUGGCCUGUGCUGCAUCGAUUCAGCAACCAGUGGCCGCAGUGGGCCAUCGUGUUGCCUGGUAAUGAAGCGAUGUUCUCAUUGGAGACGGCGUCCGAUUACGUGAAAGACGAGAAGGCGUGUCAGUUCGGUUUCCGCUGCCAGGUGAUUGGCUACGAGUGGCCGGUCGAUGCGCACGACGGUCUGCGUCUCCUGGAGAUGGAGCUCGCUUUCCUCGGAGGCAUGUGCGCUGCUUCUCUCAUCAAGAAGGAUCUUGUCUUACCUGUAUCGUCAGAUGAGUUGGAGGAGGACAUGGAGAAUGUGGAGGAGAUAGCUCGGCAGAUAUUCGCGAAGCAUUCGACGCUGCUGAGCAAGGGCUUUGCUCUGGCCAGCCCUCCAACCGUCAACCAGGCUCUCGACGCCAUUCUUCCAUUCAGCUGGCAUUCGAACGAGCGUCUGUUCCUGCGCGACCUGGUCGCAGGCACGUCCGGUACGCCUGGCGGCCGCCUGUGCCGGUGGCUGCAGCCCGAGUCGCACGUGGAGCCGCAGCGAUGCCAGCUGCAGGUGUCGCGCGACCAGCCGCUGCGAUGCGCCCACCCUGCCACGCUCACGCUGAUCACGCGCGACCAGUACGGCGACCGAGUGCACACGCCCGAUCUCAAGAUCGAGGUAAAAGCAGUUCCAAUUGAUAAGAGUGAGUUGAAAUCUCGCAGAGUGAGUCAGCCUGAUGAGAUGUCGUUGGGAGGACAUGCUCUGCCGUCUCUCGACACUCCUUACGAAGUCACUGUCAAGGACAAAAUGUGCUACAAGGCCAUAUCUAUAAUGAAGGCAUAUGAAAACUACUCGUUCGAAGAGUUGCGCUACACCUCGCCAGCCAUGAAGAGGUCGAGUGAAAAGAUGCUGGUGCGUGCCAACGGGGAUGGCUCCUACAGUGUCACGUGGACUCCUGCCAGUGUGGGCUGGUACUCCCUUCUCACCACCAUCGACGGAUAUAGUAUGGACGAGGGCUGCAAAGUGGAAGUGAAAGAGCCGCCACAAGGCGUGCUGCCGGUUGUUGGCGGAGGCGGCGGAGGCGGCAGCGGAGGCGGUGGAGGCGGAAGGAGAGGGGCGGCAGGAGGUGGCGCCGGGACUCAGCCUGCGUCGCGGCUGCGUCGCUUUUGCGCCAAGAACAGCGCCGGCCUCCGCGUCAGGGCGCAUCCCUCGCUGCAGAGCGAAAUGAUCGGCACUGUACACGUCAAUGGCACUAUCGCUUUCAUCGAUGAGAUCCACAACGAUGAUGGUGUAUGGUUGCGUUUGAACGCGGAGUCUACCCGCCAGUACUGCAGUGGUGGGGGCGGUGGCGGAGGCAGUGGAGGCGGCUCCCACGCGGAGGCCUGGUGCCUUCAGUACAACCAGCACCUCAGCCGCACCCUGCUGCUGCCCCUGCAGGAGCCUCGCUCCCUCCUCGACCACGUCAUCAGUCACACUGCACUGCGCAAGGCCGAAACUUUGAAGCCAAGUGCUCACGUUUAUAAAGUUGUAAACUGUGGAGCCUCCAGUCACAACGUUCGCAGUAAACCUACGCUGAAGGCACCCAGUAUUGGAAUGCUAUUCAUGGGAAACACCAUCUCUGUCAUUGAUCACCUUGUAAACAAUGAAGGAACUUGGGUGCAGCUUGACAGAGAAACAAUGAAUAAGUUCUGCGUCAGCUGGGAAGGAGAAGCCUGGUCAUUGGCCUCCGACAAAACGCCUCAUACUUAUUUGCAGCCUGAGCCAGAUGUUCAAGCGGAGAGUAGCAGACCUCCACAGAGAAGUGAGAGUCCGGCCAAAAAAGGAUUUGACUUCUCGUCAGCUCCGGGCAGUCCUGUACCCCUUCCUACCUCAACAUCCAGCUCUAAUACGAAUCCAUUUGUUUUCGGCUCUACUUCUCAUGCUGCAGGAGAGAGAUCUUCAACGCCAGUUAAUAAAUGGUUGAAACCGGAGGAGAAACGAAUCGCAUUGAAUAGAGACGUGCCUCCCGAGCUGAUGGGUGUGUCAGUGAAGGAGCUGGUGCGAGCGAUCGGAGAGAGUCGAGCCAACGGCAAUGGCGUCACUCCCCCCGACUCUCCCCGGCGGGCAUCCCCCCGCAGUUCCAGUCCUGUUCCUAUCCCUGCUAACACUUCAAGAAGUUGGAAUCAAGGAGUUGGCGUUGGGUCGAUGCGAAAUCGUGCUCUGGGCGACAGCCAUAGCAGCAGUCCCCCUCCAGCCACCUCCCCAAGGAGCAUUCCUCUAUCACCAUUGGUUUCAGGCUCGACCCAAAGCGACACGAGUGCACACGUGAGCAGUCUGACACGUGACCCGUCGCCGUCGCCCCCCAGCAGCUGCAGCUCUAAACAGGCCGGCACGCAGACGUCGCCCGACCGACACUUCGGCUCCACUGCGACAACGACAACGACAACCACUGCGACAAACUUCAGCAUCGGAAGCGGCUCCACAGCGGUGACAAGCACCACUGGUGGCGGAGGUGGUCUGUCGCCCAAGGCAGGUCGCAAGCCUCGCUCCAAGCGACAAGCUUCACCUCCCUCCGCUGCCCAAACCGCGCCGCUGCCGUCGCGAGCGCACCAGCCGCCUGCGACAACGCAUGCGCCCAGAGAGCCGGUGAAGGAGGCGAUGCGUCCGUCGGUGGCGGAGAGCGUGCGGGCGACAUUCGCCGCUCUGCUGUGGCACGAGGGAGUCGUGCAUGACGCCAUGGCCUGCGCCGCAUUCCUCAAGUUCCACCCCGCCCUGCCCAAGCACGGCGCCCUCGUCGUCACCCGACACAUUCACAGAGAGUUACGAAAGGGCGGUGGUGUGGCCAUAUAUUCAAGAUGUGGAUUUUUGACCUCUGAAUUCAGCUUAGCAGAGGUUUGCGAGUCAGACUUUGAGGCAGCGGCUGUGACUGUGGAGGGUGAUUUUCUAAUAGUCUGUAUUUAUAGAUCCCCUGACAGCUCAAUGGAUACAUUUGUUGACAGGCUUGACAAGCUUCUUUCUUCAACUUUUAAGAGAUUUAAGGGAAUUAUUGUGAUUGGCGACUUUAAUGUUGACUUUCUCAGCAACUCAAGCUCAAAGCAGGAGUUGAUGUCAGUCUUCUGUGCCUAUGGUCUUCAGGAUGUGAUUGGGGAGCCUACUCGGGUUACAGCUCACUCUUCCACUCUGUUGGAUAAUGGUUUCAUCAGUGUCAAAUAUAUUGAUGCUGUAUUGUCAAGAGUGAUUAGCUUGUCUCUGUCCGAUCACUUUGCUCAGGAGAUAGUUGUUCCUUUACCUCUGCAUCAGGUGAAAUCUCUCAAGGCUGUAAUGAAACGAUCUUUCUCUGAUCAAAACAAGUUGAAAUUCUCUCACUACUUAGGUCAAUGUGACUGGUCACCUAUAUAUCUGAAUGAGAUUCACCACGAGGCUCAGACUGAUUACUUUGUCCAGAUGUUUGUUCAGGGUUUUGAAAUGGCCUUUCCUUUGAGAAAGUUAGGAAUUCCCAGAAAUACUUCAAAGAUCCCCUGGUCAAAUCCUUACUUGAAGGAUCUCUGUAACAGGAAGCGAGACCUGGAACUGUUUAUGAAGGCUUAUCCUCAAAAUACUCUGUUUCGUGAGUUGUUCAAAAAGAUAUCCUCUGACAUCAGACUGCUGAUCCAUUCUCUCAAGACUGAAUAUUCCAAGAGACUGAUAGCUUCUGCUGACAACAAAUCUAAGGCUGUAUGGAAUCUAAUCAGGAAGGAAACUCCCAUCAGGGUGAGUACUGAGUAUCCAAUUGUGAUUGAUGGCCUCCCAGUAGGAUCACUUUGUGAAGUUGCUGAAGUAUUCAAUGACUACUUUGCUGGGGUGGUUUCAUCGAAUAAUAGGCUCAGUUUGGGGGUUUUUGACGGUCCUUCUUUUUGUGAUUUACUUGUAAAUUCUAACCCUGGUAAUGCUGCUGUCUCUGAGAUGCCAACUUGGUCUGAGCAAGAGGUUGUAUCUAUUGCUAAGAAGCUAAAAAUGAAAAUGUCCAGUGGGUCUGAUGGAAUUCCUUCAAAAAUACUAAAUGAGUUUUUCCAUUGUGUCAGUGGUCCUGUCACUCAGCUUCUGAACAGAUCAUGUGCUUCUGGGUCAUUCCCCGCCUGCUUCAAGGUAUCUAAGCUAAAGCCAAUUUUCAAAAAAGGCUCUCGGAAGGAAGUGGAUAAAUACCGACCUAUAGCUAACUUGACCUCUUUGUCCAAGGUAUGGGAGAGAGCAAUAUAUGACCCCUUGCUGGCUCACUUCCUGAAUAACAAUCUUUUAAGUGAGUGUCAAUAUGGUUUUAGAGCUGGAAUGUCAACCGUAGAUGCAUUGGAGAGUUUCAUCAGUGAUAUCUAUUCAUCAUUGGAUCAGGGUGUUAAGGUCAUGGGGUUUUUCGUUGAUAUGAAGAAGGCAUUUGACAGCCUGAACCACAGCAUUCUCCUAAGGAAGCUUCAUUACUAUGGAAUUAGAGGUAAUUUCUUGUCGAUGAUUGAGUCUUAUCUUAGUAACAGAAACCAGAUGGUUGAAAUAGAGGGCGAUAAUGGUGUUGUCAUUAAUGAGCCAAUCAGAGAGUCGGAUGAGGCCAAGCAGAAGCAGCCAAUCAGGGAAGCGGACGAGGCCAAGCAAAAGCAGCCAAUCAGGGAGUCGGACGAGGCCAAGCAGAAGCAGCCAAUAAGGGAUUCGGAUGAGGAGGCAGCAAGCUCCUCUGCCCCCUCCACUGUGAACGCACUGCCCUCUGCGCUGAGGGCACUCGUGUUGCUCUGGGAGCAGGUUGCCGCGUCUUGUCUACAGACGUUUGCAGUCAGCUCGGUGCUGCCAAGUCCAGCGGAGGCGGUUGUGAUAAAGGGGGUGGAGGGUGGUGCGGCCGGGGGCGGCAAGCAGAGGGCCAGCAGUUCGCGCAAGAAGAAGGCGGCGGCCGCUGAGUGGCGGGCAGGUGUGGGAGGGGCGAAUGGGGCGAAUGUUCGCGAAUGCGUUUGCGAGCUGUGCGGCGGCGUGUUCGCGCACCCGAUCACCUACCACAUGCGGUCGGCGCACCCGGGGUGUGGCGCGCACGCAGGCUCGCACGGCUACAACUCGGCCGGCAACUACUGCGUGGGCUGGGCGGGCAACUGCGGCGACGGCGGUCAGGACGGCAGCUCCUGGUACCUGCUGUGUCAGACCUGUCGGCACCAGUGUCUGCUCAGGCAUGAGGCCAACCCCAACCGCACAUCGGCCAAGCGUCGGCAGCUCGGCAGCCAGCGCAAGGCGCAUGACCCCACUAACAAGGCUACCUCGCCCACUUCCAAUACAGGUGGAAUGGUGGAGACACACAUAGUGAUGAAGAACAACGCGAUGUUCUUGUUGGAGCUGAGUGGAGGGGGAGAGAGGAGCAGCGAUGAGUCCCCCCCGCAGAACAGCCCCUUCCCCUUCCCCCUGCCACCCUUCCAGUGUCUGCAGGCGCUCAACGCUCACCCUAUUCAAGAAGAUCCGUUUCCUUCGCCACCCUUCCUUCCUUCCAGAACUUCGAUGGACAAUGGCAGUGAUUUGGAGAAGAGCAGACCGUUCCACCGGUCGGUUUCGAUGGGGCCGAAUGGGGCAGCCUGGGGCCAACACGAGGCGCGCCCCACGCCCUCGGCCAGCCCAGAAAGCGCCUCAACAGCACCUGCCAAGUUGUGCCAGGGUGGUGACGUGUCGUUGCUGUGCCACCCAUCUGCAGGGCUGGAGCGACUCAGCGAAUGUGCCGUGGAUGUGUUGUCACGCCCCACCCUGCUCUUCCUAUUGCAGCAACAUAAUCUGCGCGCGCUGCAUCUAGCCAUGCGUCAUGCCCUGCGAAAGUCAACUUGUCGCACCUAUGCCAUACAGGCUUUAAAUUGGUUGCUGCGAAGUGUGACUCAAACCACGUGUCUGCAUGACUUAUUGUGGUGGCUGGUUGCCGCUCUCACUCCUUCAAAGGAUGACCCUGAGGGCGUGUGCGAGCACCCAGUGAGCGACAUGGGCCUGGCAGGUGAGGCGGUGCGUCCGCUGCCGUCUGCGUUCCACUCGCUGCUGCAGACGGUCGCCGACCUCAUGCUGCUGCUGCCUCCCUCCUCCGCACUCCUGCAGAUGGCCGUACGCUGCUUCGGCGUUCACUUCACGCCCAACGAUCACACUUUCCUGCACAGGAGCCAUGUUUUCAGCAACAUAAGUAAAAUAUUGUCCAGAGCCGAAGAAGAACAAGAAGAUGCGAGCAUCAGUAUGCAUGAGAGUCAGCACUUGGCAUUGUCACAGGUGGAAGCGUUGCGUGACGUGACUGGUGUGCUGGAGACGAAGGCGUCGUCAAGGCAGGCGAUGGUCGGCAGCCUGGUGGACAACUCGACGGAGACUUUCUGGGAGUCGGGCGACGAGGACCGCAACAAGACCAAAGUGCUCACAUUCACCUGUCCGUCGCACGCCAACCCUGCCAUCAUCUAUGUGCACAUCGACAACUGCCGCGACCUAGCGAACAAAGUAUCAAGUGUGACGUUUCUGUCCGGCUCGAAUAGUGAAGAGCUAGUGCGCCUGCGCACUCUAGAAGUCGAGUGUCGCGCUUCUGGCUGGAUCAACUGCUCUAUCAAAUUACCGCGUCAAAGUGUGCUGCGCCUGGAGCUGAAGGGGCCGGACAACUCGCUUCGCGUGCGGCAAGUGCGUGUGCUUGCGGCGGGGGAACGCACGCCGCAGUCCACCGCCAUCGCCAUACAACAACGCAACACCGAAGCUGAAACCCUCAAAGUGUUCCGUCUAAUCACUUCACAGGUGUUUGGGAAGUUGAUAGAGAGUGGUGGCCGAGUGGACAGGAACAGUGUGGUGUUGGCAGGGGACGAGGACGCGGGGGAGAGCAACGACCUGAAGGAGCACGUGGUCGGCAUUCUCUUUGCACGCAGUAAGCUCACCCACCUCCAGCGACAGGUGUGCGCACACAUAGUAGAGGCGAUCCGCCGCGAGACAGCGCUGUUGCGCGAGGAGUGGGAGACGCGGCUGUGCUCGGGGGGGCCGAGCCCGGGGGCUGGGGUGGGGCCAGGGGCGGACUCAGUGGACACCUACUGCUUCGAGAUGCUGAGCAUGGUGUUGGCCCUGAGUGGGUCGGCUGUGGGGCGUGCCCACCUGGCCUCGCAACAUGCCUUGCUUAAUGAUCUGCUCUGCUUGCUGCAUACCGGAUCCGCCAGGGUUCAGAGACAGGUGACGGGGCUGCUGCGACGAAUGCUGCCGUCUGUGCCCCCCUUGGUGCUGGCCCGGCUGACGGGGGUGCCACGCCUCCCACCCACCGACUUCACCGUCGUCGCCUCGGCCAAGGACAGUGACGGCGAACACUUUGACUGCUAUCAGGCGGGCAUCCUGGACGUGCUGCUGAGCUGCGUGGCGAAGGCGCUGACGGUGCAGGUGAAAGUGAAGGCAAAGGGAGUGAGCUCAGUGACGCUGGCCACAGCCAUCCACCCACGUGACCACUACGGCACCCGCUGGUUCCUAAGGGGCUCCGUGUCCAGGCGCCUCGCCGAGGACAUCAUACAUCUCGUCAAGGACAUGGCUGCUGGUAAGGUGAGCGAGGAAUGGGCGCAGGUUACGAAGGCGGCGAUCGCGGAGGCGGUGGUUGGGGUGCAGCGACUGGGGGCGGAGUGGCGGGUGCCGGGGGAGUGCCUGCGCUGCCCUACCCUCUGGCUGGCACUGGCCGCCCUCUGUGUGCUCGACAAGGACCAUGUGGAGCGGCUGUCCUCGGCCCGAUGGGGCAGUGCCCCCCUCGAUCCUUCCAAUCCACCGCCCCCAAGGCCAACAUGCAGCAACCACGACGAUGGCGAGACGAAUGCGAUAAUCCAGUGCGACGUUUGCGGCAAUCUGUGUACCGACUGUGACCGAUUCCUGCAUCUCCAUAGAAGAACUAGAACCCACCAUCGACAGGUGUGCAAGGAAGAGGAGGAUGCGAUCAAGGUGGACCUGCACGAGGGGUGCGGGCGCACGAAGCUGUUUUGGGCGCUGCUGCUGGCCGACUCUUGCACACUGAAGGCGCUGGUCGAGUUGCGGCGCACGGAGGCGGGUGGCGCGCGCGCACAGGCCGCGCCUCUCACGGGCGUCUGUCGCUUCUGCGGCGCCACCUCCAAUUCCGGUCUGCUCGCCAUCGGCAAUGUGUGCGCCGAUCACGAGUGCCAGGAACACGGACGCAAUGUGUGCUCGAAGAUGCUUGACUGCAAUCACCCUUGCAGCGGCAUCCGAGGCGAGACCGAGUGCCUGCCUUGCCUGCACAACUGUUCGCGCGACGCACGCCUCAAGCAGGACGCCGACGACAUGUGCAUGAUCUGCUUCACCGAGGCACUGUGUUGUGCGCCCGCCAUUCAGCUGCACUGCGGCCAUGUCUUCCACCUGCACUGCUGUCGCAAUGUGCUGCUCAACAAGUGGGCGGGGCCACGGAUCACAUUCUCAUUCUCGCAGUGUCCCAUUUGCAAGACGCCGAUGGAUCACCCAGUGCUGAGUAGCCUGUUGGCUCCGAUCCGACAGCUGUGGGAGGACGUGAGGCGGAAGGCGGUGAUGCGGCUGGAGUACGAGGGCCUCGAUCAGGUUGGCAGGCCUGACCCGGCCGCAUAUGCCAUGGACCGAUACGCAUACUAUGUCUGCUUCAAGUGUGGAAAGGCAUACUACGGCGGCGAGGCGCGCUGCGACGUGGAGGCGGGCGGCAACGGAGACUUCGACCCGGCCGAGCUGGUGUGUGGCGCGUGUUCGGACGUGGCGCGUGCGCAGAUGUGCCCCAAACACGGCACCGACUUCCUCGAGUACAAGUGCCGCUACUGCUGCUCAGUGGCCGUCUUCUUCUGCUUUGGCACCACACACUUCUGCAACGCCUGUCACGACGACUUCCAGCGCGUCACCAACAUCCCCACCGCACAGUUGCCGCGCUGUCCUGCUGGUCCAAAAGCCAAAAGCUUGGAUGGUGAAGAAUGUCCACUCCAUGUGAAGCAUCCUCCAACAGGAGAAGAAUUUGCAUUGGGCUGCGGUGUUUGCCGCAAUGCUCAUACUUUUUAGAAAGCCAUUUUCGUAUAUAAUUGCUAUUUUCAUGUAUGAUCUCAAUGUUGUAUGUUGUCUCUUUUUUGCCUUUUCAUGUACAAUGUUGUAUUUUAUGUGUUUUUUACCAAAUAUUCUAGAUUUUUCUAGUAUGAUUUUUUUAGUACAAUUGUUUGUUGUAUUAAUGUGAGUUUCAGAUUUUGCAAUGUCUAGACUAUACCAAUAAUUGGUCUAUAGUGUUUUCAUUAUUUUGUAUAUUUUUAUUAUUCUAGUCGAAAUCGAUAUAUAUUAUUUUAUGUAGGUACUUCAUUUUAAGAUUAACAAUCUCAAUCGAAUAUUAAUUAAUCUACAUAAAUAUAGUUCCAUUAAUUUUACUAUUCGGGUUUAAUUGUUCAUCGUCCUGUUUAAAUGAUAUAAUUUCCAUUAUUGUCUGUAUUUUUCUCUUUUCAUUCAUUAAUUGAAGAGUUUAUUUAUUGAUGAAAUAUGUAGAGUCUAUUAUAACAUGAAAUAUAUUCUAGUCAUUUUUUUUUUAUAUCAAUCGAUAAAUCGAUUCAGAUACUCUAAGUUUUUGUGUCUUCAAAAAUAAUUUAUUCAUCAAUGAGAAUAACGAAUUAUGUUUUGAUACAUCAAUAAUUAUUAUUUUUGGUCAUUUCAAAAUUAUUAUGUAUGACUAAUAUGAGUUUUUUUUCUUUGAA